AUGCCGACAAAUGGAGAAGUUAAAUCGCCCAAAAUCAUAUCAACGGGCGAUUCGGAGCAGGCCGAUCGAUCGCUUCUGAUUGCUAGUGGACAUGCAUCCCCCGCUUCCAACCCAAGGACAUCGAAAACAAAAAAAAUUAAAGCCAGACCCCUCACUAAGCGCUUGCUGAAUGUUGGAACCCCAAAGCUCAUCUUCUCGGUUGAUGAUGAUGUCGCAGACAAAGUGGUUGCCGACUUUUCGGAUUCUCCUGACGAACUUACUAAGCCAGAGAAGAGAUACCUUGAAGGGUAUCACGACGCCCUUCGCCAUUUUUACCAACAGAAAAAGAACCUGCUAGAGCAAUUGAACCAUGCAUCACCGGGAGAAGAAAACCCAGAUGGAAGACACACGAGUAACUUAUUGGAACAAGUGCCUCCAAUUGAGAUCCGUGAGGAACACCAGCCUUGGGAGGCAGAGGAAGGAGAAGAGCCGCUUCAAUUGGGUGACGAAGAAGAAGCAGAAGGGAUGGAAGACGCCGGUUCCCAGCACUCCACCUCCUCCUCCGAGACGAUUGAAUCUUUGAACCUCAGAGACCGGCAGAUUGCUAUCAAUUCGACCCAUCCUUUCGGUAUUAAAAUCUGGAAGCCAUCCAUUUACAAGAAGAACCGGUCCGUUGCCACAAGAGCAGAAGAGGAUAUACAUGAUUUCGAUCCAAGAAGACCGAAUGGCCACAUUUAUUGGGGCGUCCACGUUUCCAACUUUCUCUGGAGUUGCACUGUUGGCUUGUUCUUGUACAUCAUUUGCUUGCUAGGCUCAUUGCUUCUUUUUGUAUUGACUGGCUUUGCGUGGCACAAACAACUGAGGCCUUACGCCAAAUUACUCAUCAAGUUGGGAGAGUACUGGCUAUUUCCUUUUGGGAAGUUUGUUCUUCUCAAUAAGGAUGAGAAUUAUCUUGAGGAAGAUGAACUUGACGGCAGAACAAUUUCAGAAUUUCACCAGUGGAGGUCUCAAGAGGAAGGAAGAUUAUUCUUUGCUCCUCCACGACGCAUGACUAACUCUGAGUCGAGGCCAUUAUUGAAAGACCAUAAAGGAAGACCGUUGCGUGAUGCAUACUCGUCUUUAGGCGAUGACCAGAGGGCAGAAAAUGCAGUUGAUGAUGACGCCGAUAACGAAGAGCCAACCGACAUUAAAUUGCGUUUGUUUGGAAGAGGCAGCUGGUCUUCGGGCCGGUUUUUGUUCUACGUGUUCUUUUACGGCGUUUUGCAACCGAUUCUCUACAUUAUUGCGGGAUUAUGUUGGCUUUUUGUGUUCACUAUUCCCAUCACCAAUCUUACUAGUAUCAUGUGUGAUCACUUGAGAAGAAGACCAUUGGCGUUGCAUUUUGAAAAGGAAAAAACGUACUACGAAAAAAUUGCAGACCCGCAACGGAAGCGGGCAUACAAACACCAAUCAAUCAUCCUUUGCACAUAUAGAUGCUGUGGUUUGCAUUACUAUAAGUACACGAUUGACGGAACAAACAUCUUCUUCAUCAACUUGUUAGUCGUUGUUUUCUUUGUCAUUUUUGAUUAUUUUGUCUUCAAAGAGAGCUUGGGUUGGGAAAAAUGGUUUACUGAUGCGUCUUUUAUUUUUUGCAGCUGUUUGUUUUCUAUUAUUCCAUUGGCAUAUUUCAUCGGCCAGGCUGUUGCUUCUAUUUCUGCCCAAUCCUCCAUGGGCGUGGGCGCAGUCAUCAACGCUUUUUUCUCGACCAUUGUUGAAAUCUUCUUAUACUGUGUUGCUUUGAAUCAAAAGAAAGCCAAGCUUGUUGAGGGAUCAAUGAUUGGAUCCAUCUUGGGUGGUGUGUUAUUAUUACCAGGCCUUUCCAUGUGCGGAGGUGCUUUGAAGAGAAAAACACAAAGGUACAAUCCUCGUUCUGCUGGAGUCUCAUCUACUAUGCUUCUAUUUGCCAUGGUGACUAUGUUUGCGCCCUCAUUAUUUCAUCAAAUGUAUGGCUCAUACGAGAUUCGAUGCAAAAAGGGAAAUUCAGAUAAAAGAGACUGGUCCAAAUGCAGAUUCAUCCAACCUCCCGUAAGCACGGAUCACCUUUACUAUUCCGUUCUUCGCCCAUUUUCCAUUCUUGUGGCACUUGCUCUUUUUGCCGCUUAUGUGUGUGGCUUGUUUUUCACCUUGAGGACUCAUGCUUCUUUGAUCUGGGCCACAAAUUCCCAUGAACAGCAAGCUAUGCAGAGUAAGUUGUAUGGAGGAGAUUUGACCUCGCCUAGUCUAAUCAGCCUAGACCUAAACAACUCUAAAGUUAAGCCUGCAGUUACGGACAGUCAACAGCCUCCAAGUGGAGUUCAGCAAUCACCUAGCGUUUCUUCCACAAGACCCAGUUUGAGAACUGGAGAAACAAGCAGAACCAGGGUUCCCACAGCAACCAGACAACCGUCACAUAUUUUACUUUCCACGCAACCACCUAAGGAAGAUGUGGAAGCUGCUGAAGAGGGCGGUGGACAUGACGCACCGAACUGGUCCCAGAAAAAAUCGACGGUCAUUCUUUUGGGAGCUACUAUUCUUUAUGCAAUUAUCGCUGAGAUUUUGGUGGAUAACGUUGAUGCCGUUCUUUCUCAUUUCCCGAUCAACCCUAAGUUUUUGGGUUUAACGGUUUUUGCAUUGGUUCCCAACACUACAGAGUUUGUCAAUGCCAUUUCAUUUGCUGUUAGUGGUAAUGUUGCACUUUCAAUGGAAAUUGGUAGCGCAUACGCGUUGCAGGUUGUUUUGAUCCAAAUUCCAAGUUUGGUGAUUUAUUCUAUCUUCAAGAACUUUGAGAGCGUUGACAAAAUCUUCUCGUUAAUUUUCCCUCGAUGGGAUAUCAUUGCCACAUUAAUUUCCAUUUACCUAUUCACGUAUAUAUACGCUGAAGGCAAAUCCAACUAUUUCAAGGGAGUCAUUUUGAUAUUAAUCUAUGGUGUUGUCUUGGUGGGCUUCUACUUGGAUGAUGUUGUUGCAGAACUUGAUGAUGGAUUUGUGGGGUCAGAACACGCUUCUGUUUUACUUCAAUUAUUACUGCGUUAA